UUCAUUUCAGCAAGCGGUCUUGUUUGUAUUCGAGGAGGGAGGAAUUUUGUCCCUUGCCUCGUCUUUUUUCAUAGUUUUGAGGCGUUUAAUGGCGAGGCGCGGUUUAAGGGCAUCGAAAGGCAACAUACAGUGGUCCUGAGUGCAUCGUGAGAAGAGAUUGCAAGGUCUCCAGUGAGCACCAUGUCAGACAAUAUCAAGGUCACAGUACGGGUGCGUCCCUUCAUCAAGAGGGAGUUGGGAGAUUCGGGACCCAUCUCACACUGGGACAUUCAGGAUGACCAUGGCAUAGUUCAGGUUCACCCAACCUCCCGCAAAGCCCUCAGUACUUCCUACAUAUUUGAUGAUGUAUUUGGCCCUGAAAUGCAGAAUGAGGAUGUUUAUCAGGAGGUGGCAAUGCCCAUCAUUGAGUCUGCUCUCACUGGCUUCAAUGGCACGAUCUUUGUUUAUGGACAGACAUCUUCAGGUAAAACUUUCACCAUGAUGGGGGAUCGCAGCAGCCCAGGCAUUAUUCCCUUGGCUGUGAAGAACAUUUUUCGUCUCAUUGAAGAAACUCCAGACCGAGAAUACUUGAUCAGAGCGUCGUAUAUGGAGAUCUACAAUGAGAAUAUAUCUGACCUCCUGGUAGGACGGGAUGCCAGGGGGCGCUCUCUCAACAUUCGUGAGGACAUAUCAGGGACAGUGUAUGUGGCUGACUUGAGUGAGGAAUGCUCCAACUGUGAGGAACAGUUGCUGGAGAUUGUCAAGAGAGGAGAGAAGAACAGGCAGAUAGCCAGCACUAAUAUGAAUGAACACAGCUCCCGCUCUCACACCAUCUUCCGCCUGAUUCUGGAGUCUCGGGAGCGAGGGGACGAGGCUCAGGAGGAAGGAGCUAUCACCGUGUCUCACCUCAACCUGGUAGACUUGGCUGGCUCAGAGAAUGCCUCCCAGUCUGGUGCAACAGGAGAGAGGCUGCGGGAGGGAGGGUUCAUUAAUAAGUCCCUCUUCAUGCUUGGCCGGGUCAUUUCUCAACUCAGUGAAGGAGACUCCUUUAUUAACUUCCGUGAUUCCAAGCUGACCCGGAUUCUGCAGACGUCCCUUGGUGGCAACUCCAAGACUGCCAUCAUCUGCACAGUGACCCCAACAGCUGUGGAGCAGACACAUUCCACCCUCAGGUUUGCAUCACGGGCCAAGGCAAUCAAGAACAAACCAGUGGUGAAUGAGGUGCUUUCGGACACAGCACUGCUGAAGCGUUAUGCUCGAGAGAUAAAGGCCUUGGAGCACAUCCUGGCUCUGGAACGGAACACAGACAAGAACCAGGAAGUGGAACAGGUAAGGGAGAUGUUUGAGGAGCAAGCAAGAAGGAAUGAGGAGCUGCAGGCCAAAGUGAUGGAGCUGCAAACAAAGCUGGUUGUCUCCAGUCUGCCACGAGGCUGCUCACAGAAUGUCAUGGAUAAGAAGAAGAAGGCGAGACGUGAGACAUGGUGUGCCCCUGCCAUUUUUAGGAGUCGUAUGAGUCUGGGCCAACCAUCCCUGCCCAUCCUACCCUCUUGUGUUCAGGAGCACAAGUUUGUCCAACCGAUGCUUCCACCCUGGACAGAGAUGAGCCCUUGUUCAGAGACUUCCUGCUCUGACACUUUACUAUAUAAUAAUGAAAAUUCCCCCAACCAGGAAGAAUUUGGCAAGGAGGACUUCAGCUUUGUCCUCAAUCAGGCAGAGAAGUCCAAGUUAGACAAACAAGAUUCUUUGCCACUGGGUUCUCCUUACCUGAUAAACACUGGCAGGAGGAAGAAGAGGAGAGUGAAAUUUGAUGUGGCUCUUUCACCACCCAAGGCAUCAGAUGUUGGCUGUCAGACUGAGGAGAGCCUGAUGCCACAGAUGAGACUGUUUACACAAGGUUUACCCAGCACCCCACAAGGCACUCGAUUGUCUGCCAAGCUGCCAGGCACUCCCAGCACUCCUUCCCAUGUGCUACGGGAGAGGAAUGAGGAGCUACGGGAGAAGCUGAGGGAGAAGGAAGAUUGGCUCAGUGACUGGCAGAGAGAGAUGGAGUCCUUGAAGGAGUUCCACCGUCUUGAGAUCAAGACCUUGGAGGAGAGUUUCGAUGGGAGGGUUGCUGCCUUCACUGAGAAUCAUCCACGUCUUGAGGUGUCAGCACAGGAAACAGAGCACCUCAAGGAAAUAGCAUCACUGCGGCAAUCCAUGCAGGAUUACGAGCAGCUGCUGAUGGAUGCCAACCGGGAACUGUCUCUCAAUGUGCAGAACUCAGCAGACUUACAGAAGCAGCUAGAGACACUCAGUGAGGAGAACAUCCAGCUGUCAGGGCUGCAGGAAGAGGUGGUGAAGCUGCGGGAUGAGAACAAGAUGCUCAGGAAAGAUUUAGAGUUGAAGGAAUGCCUGCUGACCAAAUGUGAAAACGAAAGAAAUGAUUUUGAUGUUGAGAUGGAAUUAGCAUUGGAGAAGCAGAAGCAGAAGGAGGGAUAUCUGCUGAGUAGCUUGGAGGAAGCAUGGAGGAAGAUUGCAAUGUAUGAAAAAGAGGAUGUGGAGGAUAUAAAGAACAGGCAACAACUUGCUCAAUCUGAGUUUAUGAUGUGUACUGCCACCACAGCACAAGGCACAACCCAAAGCCGUGAUGCUCUUGAACAGCAACUGGUGGAAGUGCAACAGGAAGCUGAUGAAAUGCGGGUGGAGCUGCUAGAGGUAUCUCAGCAGAUGAAACAGGUGAAGGAGGAGAAUGAUGAGCUGAGUCAAGAGAUGAAGGAUCUUCAGGAACACCUGAGUGAAGUGCUGUCCAGACAAGACUCUGAUAGAUUACUCCCACUGAAGGAAGAGGUUGAGCACUUAAAGAAGGAACUGGAGGAGGCCAAGAAGAUACCGCAGCAGAAGGUUGAAGGAAAGGAAGAGGAAGAGGUGUGCCUUUCUUCUCCACAUGAAUUUACAUUUGAAAGAAGAGAAGCAGAGCAGGGAAGGAUCUCCCAGGACUUCUCGCGUGCUCUCUCAGAAACCAUACAGGCACUGGAGGAAUCCAUUUGUGUCGCCACUCCAGGCAGGCACUCCUUUGGGACUUGGCUUGACACUAUUUCUCCUAGAGAUCUUGAGGCAGCUAGGCCUCUGGUGGAGACACUCAAGGCAGGACUCUCAGCACUGCAGGAACACAUGCUGAUGAUGGAGCAACAACAGCAGGAAGUGGCCUGUGCUACAAACCACUGCUUGCAGAUCACUGCUGAGGUGGAAAAAGAGCUCAACACAUGGAAGAUUCAAGAGUCCUUCAUGGGAGACUACAUCCUUCAUGCUAUGUCUUAUAGGCAGCCACAACAGAGCAGCUCAAAGGAGGUCGUGCACGAGGCUAGGGAGGAGGCAUGCUCUCGACCUAAUAAGGUAGGGCUUGAAGCCAAGUUAGCCACCUUUGAAAAUCCAUGUCAUUUAAACAGCAAAAAUGAAACAUUUAACCACUCCCAUGAGAAUGAUGCUCCCUCAGUUGUGUCAAGGCAUACUGAACAGAAUGAGGACACCAUGUUGGAUAUGUCCUUCCUCAGCCUUGGCUCCCACUCCAAUAACAUAGAGGUUAAGGAACUGAAAGGACAGGUGGAGCUUCUUACACAGGAAAAUAAUGAACUUCUGGAUCUGGUGAGAGCACUACAGGAUGCUGGUAAAUCAGCUCCUCUUGCUGUUGCUGUAGUGGAAAGGAAAACCAAGACACUUCCAGACACCUGCAUCUCAGAAGCUGUGUGUGAUGAGUCUAAGGAGGAGUUAAGAGAACUGGAGAAGGAUCAUGCUGGAUCAGAAAUCUUAUCAAGGGAUCUACAAGAGUCACAGAUUGAAGAGGUGGUCACAGCACCAGAAGGGAAGUGUGCCUUGGAUGGUAUGUUAUGGGAGCAAGAAGUAGAAAAUGUAAGUCCAUCAUCUGAGCUACCUCCAGCAGUUCCUCAGUCUUUGGCAUAUGAACUGCAACAAGCUGGAAUGAACUUGACAAUGCUGAAUGAAACCUUUGAGACCUCAGUGGUAGUUCCUGUGAGUGUUACCCAGCCCAGCUCAGACACACUAGAGCUCAGACAACAAGCGUGUGUGCUGGAGCAGGAAAAGGUUGAGCUGCAGGAUAGGAUUUGCAGUUUACAAGAUACCUUAAUGCAGAUGAAGGAAAUGAAAAGUUCUAUCAAUGAAAAAUCAACAGAGGAGGAAACUACUUACAUUGGCAAAUUGGAGAGUGAGGUACAGAGGCUAAAAGAAGACUGCCUAGCCCAGACCAAUUGUAUAAAGACACUUCAAAAUAAACUGAACUCCAGGAACUCUGUUGAUAAAGUAGAAAUCCAGGAUUCAACAGCCACCAUCCUGGAGGAAGAAAAACUGAAAUUAGAAUUGAAAGGAGAAAAACUUAAAUGCCAAAAUGCUACUGAGGAGGAGGUACAGGAAGAGGUCAACCAUGUGAGAGAUCAGAUCAGUAAGCUGGAGAAGGAAAAGCUCGUCUUGAAAACAAAGUUGUUGAAGCUUAAUGAGAAGUUAAGUUGCAUGAGCCUGAUGGAAGAAGAGUUGCACAGCCUUCACUGGCAAGUCACUUCGUUGAAAGAAGAAAAGUCAGAUAUAGAGAAGGAACUUGCUUUCAUGCAGGAUCAGGUUGAGAAAUUGACUGAGGAAAAUGAACAACUUUCUGCCAAGACUGACUUUGAGGUCGAAGUAGGGUCUGGGAGAGACAAGGAGAGCAAUGCAAGCCCAGGACUAGACCACAGUGACACUGAAAAUGUGAAUGCAAAUGUCGUGCAGCAAAAGACCAAGGUAUUAGAGGAAGCAAAGGAAGAAAUUCAAGUACUCAAACAGGAAGAAGAGAAGAUGCAUAGAGUCUUAAAAGAAAGCUGUGCAGACAUAAAGAAUGAAAGCAAUGUAAGGGAAUUAGAAGAGAAAAUUAUGGAUCUUCAAAAAUCCAAUGAGUGUCUAAAGGAAGAAAUAGAGAAAAUCUCUGCAAAAUACAAAAAUGAAUUGGCUGAAAAGGAGAAUGAGCUGGAGAUGGUGAUAACAAACUUCAUGGAAAAGGAAGAAGCUCUUGAGAACACAGAGAAGGAGUUAAAGAGAGCCAAUGCAGACUUGAAGGACACUCUAGCCAAUAAAGAUGUAGAGCUUGAGAAUAUUAGGAAUAGAUACAAUGACCAACUUGACAGAGCCACAGAGGAGCUAGAAGAGAUGAGGGUAGUUGUAUCCAAUAAAGACAAAAGGCUUCAGGAUCUUAAGAAUGAACAUGAGAAAGAAUAUACUAAAGUUACUGCUGAACUUGACAAAACCACAGAGGAACUAGAAGAGAUGAGGCUAGCUGUAUCCAAUAAAGACAAAAGGCUUCAGGAUCUUAAGAAUGAACAUGAGGAAGAAUAUGCUAAAGUUACUGCUGAGCUUGAGGAGAUGAAAGAAGCCUUAGUUAAGAAAGAUAUGGAGGUUCAGAGAGUCAAUUCACAGCAGGGUCAGGUGAAAGCAGUGGUAGACCAGAUAUCAGAUAAGAAGGUAAUGUCUGACCUCAAGGAAGAACUGCAGAUACUCAAGCAAGAAUAUGGUGACUUUCAAGCCCAGAAUGAAGAGAGGUUAGUAGAAGCUCAGGCAAGCAUAAGAAAGUUUGAGGAGAAGUACAAUAACUGCUUCCAGGACUACAUUGCAGUGUCACAAGCCUUUGAGGAGAACAGACUGAUGCUUGUGAAGUCUGAUGAGCAGAAGGAGAAACUUGAAAGCGAAGUAAGGAGAUAUGAAGAAGAAAAAAGAGAUCUACAGUUGAAGUAUGAAAAUGAACUGCACAGGUCUGUGUUGGAGAAGGAAAAGCAUGAAAACGAGGUGAAAAAAUAUGAGGAGGAGAAGGAAAAUCUACGUCACAGGUAUGAAAAUGAACUACACAAAUCCGAGUUGGUGAGGGAAAAGCAUGAAAGUGAGGUGAAAAAAUAUGCAGAAGAAAGAAAAAAUUUACGACUCAAGUAUGAAAGUGAACUACAGCAGUCAGAGAAGGAGAAAGAAAACCUAACUGUCAAAUACAAAUGUGAGGUAGAGAAGCAUGUGGAGGAAAAAGAAAACUUGAAACUGAAAUAUGGGAGUGAAAAAGCAAGUGCUGCUGGUGCUGAAGAUUCGCAGUCAAGCGAGGCUCUGGGUUGCUCCUUCCAGAUUGCUGUGGGGCAGAAACUUGAUGAGAUGGAAGCACUGAAGGACAGUCACAAGGAAAAGGUGAAGGAGUGUGACUACCUUAAGGACACUGUGGACAACCUGAAGGCAGUACUGGCCAAGAAGGAAGAGAAGCUACUUACGUUGAUGGCAGAGCAUCAGGAGGAGGUGGCAUUCUAUGUGGACAACCUUAGCAAGAAGGAGAAAAUGGCAAAGGAUCUUGAAAAUGAGACAAAGAGGAGAUGUGAGGAAGUAGCCAGCCUGACAUCUGCCCUCGCUGUUAAGGAACACCGCCUCCACAGACUAGAGAAUGACUUGGCCCACAUGCAGAAGGAAAUGGAGGACAAAGAAACUGAACUACAUGAUGGCAUGGAUCGUCUGAGGAAAGAUUUUGAGGAAGUGUGUGCUGAGAAGAGUAAGAUGAGUGAAGACAUGAAGAGCCUGGAGGAAGCUAAGGAGACCAUCACCUAUGAAUGCUCCAGCCUCAGGGCUCAGCUGGAUAACCUGGAGGAAGACUAUUUGCAAAUUAAGGAGGAACUUGAGGUGAGGAUGAAUGAAAUCCAAUUGAAGACGGAAGUUGUUUGCUCUCUUGAAACUGCACAGGAGAGACUAAAGGAGGAGCUGGACAGUAUAAGGACAAAGGAGACUGAACUUCUAGAACAGCAGGUGAGUAGUUCACACAAGAUUGAAAAGCUUGUUAAGGAUAUUGAAGAAUACAAGUGUGAAAUGUUUGAGAAGGAGAAUCAGUUAGUUGCCAUUAGUGAAGACUUGGCAAGCAAGACAGAAAGUUCAGAAAGACUAGUAAGAGACCUACAGGAUCUUCAUGAACAGCUGGAAGAAAAGUGCAGGGAGGAAAAAGAAGCAAAGAGGAGAAUUGAAGUGUUGGAAGAAAAGCUGAAGAGCUCCAUGGCUGAGGUAGACAAGAUGCACAGCCAGAUCACGCAGUUGUCUGCAGCAAAGGAUCAGAUUUUGACCCUUGAAGAGAAAUGCAGAAAUCUAGAGAAGAUGAGCAAGUCAAGACAGGUACUUGGGAAACAACAUGGACAUCAGCCAGAAGACCAAGAAAUAGAUGUGAUGGAAACUAAUGCUUGUAAAGAGAUGAUCCAUGGAGAAACCCAUAGUUAUGCUGGCACUGUGAAAAAGAGUGGUGAACAGACCAAGGCACUAGUUUGUGAGGACUGCACCCAAUAUAAGUCCCUUGUAGAAAGACUGAAUAGGCUUGUGGAGGAAAAGGAGACAGAGCAUGAGAAGAAGAUGGCUGAGGUAGCUGUACACCAUAGCAAAUCUUUCAAUGCCUCUUCCUUGUUUGACACAUCUGGAAACACAUCAACUCAUGGUACCAAGAAGAAUAGGAUGGCACUUAUGGAGCAGAAAAAUGACAUCCUUUCAGUGCAGCUAGUACAGUACUAUGAAAAGGUGAAGAGACUAGAGGAGACGCUUGAGAACAUGCGGCGAACAAAUGGAGUGAUCUCACAGGACAUGGAAGUGCAAAGAGAAUUGAGUUGGAUGUGGGAGAAGAUGCAGGAAGCUGAGAAGAAAUUGAAACUCCUUAAUAAGAACUAUGACCUCCUUGAAAUUGAAAAUGAAGAACUUAGGAAGUCUCAGGAGCAACAGGCUACAGAAAAGAAAACAGAGGCAGAAGAAAAUAUGGUACUAGAGAUGCAGAAGAGAUGCAAUGCUGCAGAAAACAAAUAUAUGUUGUUACAGGAAGAAUACAAGGUCCUAGUGAAGUUUAAAUCUGUUGGGAAUGAUGUCAAUUCACAAGAGCAUUAUGACUCCUUGAAAAGUAGUCAUGACUCUCUGCAAGAUGAACUCCACUCACUCCAGAAAAAAUACAGUGCACUACAUGAGAACUACACCACACUGCAGGAAACUUAUGACACGCUACAGGAGACCCACAGAAUGCUGCAGGAGAUCCACAGUUCAGUGCAGGCUGCCCACAACAUACUGCAGGAAACGUACAACACCUUGCAGGACAAAUACAGUAGUGCAUGUAACAAAUUUGAGGAACUGCAAGAAAAAUAUAAUGCCCUCCUCAAAGCGCAGAACAGCUCCAGUGAUUCAUCACACGAAAACGCCUUGAGCAACCAAGAGCUCCAGUGUCAUGUAGUCACUGGAAAACCUCCUGUGGGUGUGGUGGCAGCAGUAACUUCCCACAGUGAAGGUGACCUCAGGGAGUGCCUGGCUGCUGCAGAGCGGGAGAAUGAUGAACUCAAGCUCCGCCUGAUGGCCAACGAUGCUCCCUCUAGAAAGAAGGUGGAGUUACUGACACAAGAGCUAAGGAUUGCAGAGAGAAAAAUCUCCCAGCUGAAGGGGGAGUUAAGAAGACAACAAGAAGCUAACCGUGGGGAUUCCACCAUAUAUGAACUGACUGACCAGUCCAAACAGCAGCAGGAAGAGGAAGGCAAGGGCAAGGCAGAACCCGACUACUCAUCUGGGAGCAGCAUCGUGACCCAGGUGGUGGUGAUGGAGCUGCAGAAUAAGCUGUACCACACAGAGAAAGACAAGAAGAAGCUGGAGAAUGAGCUGAAGGUGGUACAGCAACACGUGGACCACUAUCAGACCAAGGCUAGGGAGUGGAAGGUGAAGGCCACCAAGUUUGAACAGGCAGCACAGAAGGCCACGAAAGAACGGGAUGAAAUGUACAGUGAACUGAAGAAAUACGAAGUGAAGAUAGAGGAGCUCAGUAGCAAGCUUGAGAGGCAGCAGUUUGAGCUGGGUCAUCAGAGGGAGCUGAUUCAGAAGAUGGAGAAGGAGGUGCCCUCUUCUAUCUCUGCUGCCUCUGCCACUCCUGGCUUUGUUGAGGUACCUCGGGUAACACCUGCAUCCAGAGAAUCCAGGGGAGCACCAGUAACACCCUUGCUUGCAGCCACAGCUGGAGGAAUAGGGAAGUGUAUGAUGGUAACUCCAGGUACAGUGGAAGGACCAGGAAUAGAAACUGAAGGAAAUACAUCAUCAGUAUCAGGUAGAACAGAUAAAGGAAGGGAUAAUGAUAAACAGAUGCAAGAUGAGAGGCCAGCCACCCGCCUGCUGGGGCUACACAAUGCCCCACUGUCCUAUCACACCCGGGCCGAGAAGCUCCCCUUCAUGAAAGACAUCCGGGCCAAGGAAACAAGAGAUGAGGUACCCAUGUGGAAGAAGUCCCGCAAGGAGAAUGAGGACAUCAAGUAUAGACUUCCACCAGAGGAGAGGAGGAAACCAAGUGAAGAUUGUAAGACUCAGUGAUGUGGUUUUGUCCUUCAUUUCCCUGGAAACACCUUAGUCACUGGCCAUCUUGUGCCUUGGUGGUGACCAUAGCAGUGGCCUUGUGAUGUGAAGGCACCAUGUAGUCUAUCCAGGCUGUGAUCACAUCCCUGACUAACCACUGUGGUAGCUGUUACUUCGCAGGAGUUGUCUGGUCAGCCUCCUUCUGUCUGUCUGUCUUUCGAUUUUGUAAGAAGUUUGCAGAAAAGUGUAUUUUAUUUUGUAGGAAAAUUAGGUUUAAACGCUAUUUUACGUUUUUAUAUAUUUUUAUUUGUAUUUUGUUAUAAUAGAAAUCACAUUUUGUGUCACUUUUCCAAAGUUUUGUAUGAUUUUAGGAGACAAGUGUUUUUAUGUUAUGGCCUAAAGCGCCUGUAGGUAUACUUAAAGAGUAUGGGAAGCGCUGUUCAGCUUCUUCUACCUACCUAUUAGUGAUGCAGGCAAGUUUAUUAUAGUGGUACCCAUAUUAGGGCCCAUAUCACCACCCAAGCACAUCUUUGGUGUAACUACCUAGAACCUGGGUAUCAUGGUGUCAUGUAGGUAACUUUAAACCACUUGACAAAUGGCAAAGUUUCAAGGUGGUACAUGGUGGGAUUUGAACCUAUGCAUAGACAAUCUGGCUUAUCCCACAGUCACCACCUUAUCCAUUAUGCCACUGCCUCCCUACUAUGUAUAUUGUAAUGUUUGUUUUCAAACUGCAUUAAUUUUUUUUUGUUAAUGUGUGCAUAUAUUUGUGUAUGGGUAUGCAUGCAUGUGGAAUCUCAGAAACUAUGAUAACUAUCAAGAUGUUCAGAAUUAAUGAUAAUAUGCAGUAUUUGUCAGGUUUAAUUUGAUGACUAAAAAUGAAAACUUAAUACGUGUUAUUAUUUUGAGGUGCAAUCAAUACUGGUUCUUCACUUAGACUCAAGGACCUGAAAGAAUAGUUGAGACCCAAGGAAAUGUGAGAGUAAUUGAUCACUAAAAUGACAGUGACUGCAACCUUCCUGUGGAUGUGAGAUAUGUGUGCAGUUUUGGUUUAGCAAGCAGCAACUGUAUUGAGUGCAAACAUCAUGUACAAAAUGUACAUAAUGUUUACAAUCAGAAUCUAAGAGGGACAUAUUCAUGAAGCCACAGAAUGCUUGACUUAGAAACCCUUAAAUGGGGCAGAGCAAACCUAGUAUUAUUCAAGACCUGGUCAGCCUUCUCCUUUUGUCUGUCUGUGUCUUAGGAUUUUGUAAGAAGUUUGCAGAGAAAUGUAUUUUAUAUUGUAGGAUAAUUCAGUUUAAACACUGUAUUCUAUUUUUUACAUAUUAUUAUUUGUAUUUUAAUAUAACAAAUCACA